AAUAUAAAUAAAUAUCACAACAAUACUCAAAACUUCAAACCAUUGGAUUAGUUGACUACCCUGAGAUUUUCGGUCAAUUUUCAGAGCAAAAUGAAAGUGGGAGGUGUUGAGCUGGUCUUCAUUCCCGCCCCGGGAAUGGGCCACCUUUUCUCCGCCGUCGAAACGGCAAAGCUCCUCCUACACAAACACCGCCGUGACGAUCUCUCCAUCUCCCUCUUGAUCAUGAGAUCCCCUUUCGAUUCCAAAGUUAACUCUUACGUUGAAUCCCUUGCCACCGCCACCGUCGACAGCCCCUCGGCGUCCAGAUUGAAGUUCGUGCCGCUCUCAGCUCCGGCCACGAAUGGUGACACCAAGAGGAAAAAUCCUUUCCGUUCCUUGAUCGAUUCUCACAGGCAGAGCGUGAGAGAUUGGAUUAACGAAUUCCGGACGAGUAGUUCCGGCACCUCCUUCAAGCUCGGCGGCGUCGUUGUGGAUAUGUUUUGCGUGUCCAUGAUGGAAGUUGCCGAUGAGUUCGGGAUUCCGAGUUACGUGUACUACACCUCCGGCGCCGCCUUCCUCGGCCUCCACCUCCAUCUCCAAAGCCUCAGAGACUGCUGCGGCGUAGACGUCACCGAGUUCAAAGAUUCCGAUCCAGAUCUGAAAGUGCCCACUUAUACUAAACCUUUUCCGGUGAAGCUUCUGCCGGGAGUAUUUUUGGAAAAGGACGGAGGGUCGGACGUGUUUCUGGAUGUUGGGAAGCUAAUCAGAACGGCGAAGGGCAUAAUUGUAAACACAUUCUUCGAGCUUGAGGAACACGCGCUCGAGACCUUGUCCAAAGAGGAAUCGGAGCUCCCACCCCUGUACCCGGUGGGACCCGUUCUGAACCUGCAAAGCGAUAAGAUCGGAGAAUCGGAAGAGAUUUUCCAAUGGCUCGACAACCAACCGGAAUCCUCCGUCGUCUUCCUCUGCUUCGGAAGCGGCGGAAGUUUCCCGGAGCCGCAGGUGAAGGAGAUCGCUCGCGCGCUCGAGAGCAGCGGCCACCGGUUCUUGUGGGCCCUGAGGCGUCCUCCGCCCAAAGGAUCUUUCUACCCGGGAGACUACAGCAGCCUCGAGGAGGUUCUGCCGGAAGGAUUCUCGGAGAGGACAAAAUCGACGGGGAAAGUGAUCGGAUGGGCGCCUCAGGCCGCCGUGCUGGCCCACCCAGCUGUGGGGGGGUUUGUGUCGCACUGCGGCUGGAACUCGACCCUGGAGAGCGUCUGGUUCGGGGUUCCAAUGGCGACUUGGCCGAUUUACGCGGAGCAGCAGGCGAACGCGUUCGAAAUUGUGACGGAGAUCGGAUCGGGAGUGGAACUCAAGAUGGACUACAAAAAGCCAAUGAUGGGGGAUCCAGAUCAGUUCCCGGAAACGGUGGGUGCGGAGACGAUAGAAGCGGGGAUCAGGAAGCUAAUGGACGACGGCCCUGCUGCGGCGGCGGCGGCAAGGAAGAAGGCUAAAGAAAUGAAAGAGAAGAGCAGGAAGGCAUUAGAGGAGGGCGGGUCGUCCUCUAAGUUUCUCCAAGCUUUCGUUGACCAAGUCUUUAUCAACCAGUAACGAAUCGAAUGUACCAACACCAAUGGCGUCCUCAUUAUCUUUACCUUUCCAUAACCCAAUUUGUCCUUUACACAUGGUCCUUCUAUUAUUUGAGAAUAAAUUUAUUUUGAAUCCAAAUAUUGUAACUCUUCAAAAUAUAAUAAAAUUUCUUUAGUACAUACAAUCAUAAAUUAUGCUUUUAUUCCACUUUUACGGUUUCUAAUGUAAUAAUAUGAUUAGUAAUAU